AUGGACGAUGAAGCGAUAAAUUUCAAAAUUUGCAACUUAGUUAACCAGAAAAAAGAACAAGCAAAGGACACGCACCAACACUUCCUUACACAAAACCAACCACACAAGGAGAACUUUUGUGAAAAAAUUCAUCAAGCCCACCAGCCAGUUCAUCACCAAGAAGAAUAUUUCUUGGGCCAGGAAAAAAAAACCGACGUGUACCUUGCCAUGCUUAAACCCAAUAACAAGAGGGAGAAAAGUCCAACCUCUAAAAAGGAUCAUUCUGUAGGUACAAGUGGUGGUGCUUCUGGAAGUGCCGCGGUUGGGCUUCAACCGGAAGAGGUACCUUUCGGGAAGGAACCCCUCGGGGAAGUCGACAAUGCAAGGAGGGAAGACACAGCCCAGGAGGGAGACCUCCUCGCGGAGAACAGUACACAAAAAAACGAAAGUCAACCGGGGGGUCUCCCGCAUGAUGGCCCCCAAUUUUGCGACAUGCAAAAAUGCAGCUCUGCAAACUGUCCCCCGCACAGUUGCAACGAACCGUGGCGGUGCAUACAAAGCCCCAUGACGGAGAAACAUCCCUGUGGAGAAAAAGGAAAAAAAAACAAAAAGGGAACCAACGUAAAUUAUAUAGUACACUACAACAGAUAUAAACCUAUCAGGGUACCUCCCACAUUUAACAAAAAUAAAAGUAACCCCCCAGUGGUAAAAAAAAAUAAAAAUCAAUAUAUAAAUUGUAAUUUCAGGUACUAUGUGAAGGAAAAAAAUUACUUAACACAAAGCGCAGAUGAAAAUAUAAAAUGGGAGCAGAUCGAGAAAGUGGACUACAUUGUAUUUGACAAUACAACAUUAGCAUGUCCUAUAUGUUUGGAGGACAAAAUAAUUUCACCCAGAAUUACCAAAUGUAGACAUAUAUUUUGUUUUUUUUGCAUUUUAAAAUAUUUUGUUGAUGAAAAAAAAAAAACGUGGAAAAAAUGUCCCAUCUGUUUUGAAAUAAUAAAUGAAAAUGACCUAAGAGUAGUGAAAUUUCAUUACGUAAAAAAUUAUAACAUUAACGACAAUAUUAAUAUGUGUCUUCUCUACACAGAGGAUAAAAAAAUUCACUUAAAAUCGGACAGACUAUAUUUCAAUAACAGCUUUAAAGUAACAAAUAAAAAUUUUGUUAAAAAUAAUAAAGCAGGCGAUUAUAAAUAUUUUGUUAAUAUAGAUUAUAUGAAUAAAAAUUUAAGUACCUUUAGUCAAAAUCACACAAAAAAAAUUUCAAAAUUAAACCUCAAUUUGGGCAUUCAAUUUUCAAAACUUUUUUACCUGUACAAUCCACUCUCCAUAUGGAUAAAAGACCUGAACAUUUUUAAUUUCAUUCUCACGAAUAAGAACAUGCACUUGUUCGCAUCAGACCCCAUUGUCAUUCAGAAGGCAAUAGAAAAUAUUAAGUUAAAAAUUAGCGAGUAUUUAAACAUCCCCAUUGAAAGGAUGAAUCCUGAACUGAACGUAGACGAGCCCUCCUUUGACUCCUUUUACCUUUAUGAUAAUUUGGCCCACGACGUUUACGACAGCAUAGAACAAAUAAAAAAUGAAAUGAAAAUUGAAACGGAGUUGGCCAAGAAUCAGAAAUCGCCUGCGGAUGAGAAAUGUGCACUCGAUGCAGAGAAGCCCACCGAUGAAGGUUCCCGGGAUUUGAAGCAUUCGAAUCAGACAUACUUCUACCAAUGUAUAGAUGGGCAAUGCAUAUUUCUGGACCCCUUCAUUUUGAACUUACUCUUUUUCGAGUACGACAACUAUAUGAACAGGAUGCCCAAGUUUCUCUGCAACAGGCAAAUCACCUACAUUGAAGCCUUUGAGCUGGAUGAAAAAAUAAGAAAAAGGCACGCCAUUUUGUCCCACCUGCCACUCGGCGUUAACGUCCUGUUCGUGUCGUUGAACAUAGAUGAUCUCCUAUCGGAAAGGACCAAAAGGCAUUUUGUGAAGGAAAUAUCUGAGAGGAAGAAGAAGCACCACGCAAUUUUGAGAAAAAAAAUGGAAGAGGAAAAAUAUUUUAAACUAUUAGCCGAAGAAGAAAUAGACAGAAAGGAGAAGCGCUACUGGAAUUUGCCCAACAAUAGGAUAAACAUACAGAGCGACACCAUCAACAUAAGCUCGAGCAUUUUAAGGUAUGGAAACUUGUUGGACGAAGAAAAAUAUCUUCACGGGGAACUGGACGAGGACUGGGUGGUAAAGGAAAACGAACAUGCGUUUGUGGAGCAGCUUUUUGAGAAUCUAAAUUGGGAUGACCACCCGGUGGAGGCAAAAAAUGAGCUAAGAAGUGGACCAAAUGGCCUAACGGGUAAACCGCAUGGCCUAAAGGGUAGAUCGAAUGGGCCAAAAGGGGGACAAAAAUGUGGGCCAAAAAAUUCCCCCCCCGUAAACUGGGACAACACCGAAUUGGUCAACGCAGCCGAUCCAAACGUCUGUCACAUUCCAAGGAGAAGUUUUCUUGAAAUAGCUAAACAGAAAAGCGACGCGGGUGAUAUUAAAUCAGACAUGGGGAAAAAAAAGGAAGAAAAUUUGUCCAUUGGUUCAGGCUCGGUUCAUGUUAAUUUGAUGGAUUUAAUAAACACCAAAACGGUUAAAAAGAAGAAGAGAAAAUAG